GCAAGAAUGAAUCUAAGAAACUAUUUUAUAUGGAUUAUUAUAUUUGGACUGAUUAUGAUUUGCAAAACUACAUCAGAAGAUACACAAGAAUAUGAAGCAAAUGAUGAAAGUGCAUAUUUAGAUGAAGACGCAAAUGUAGAUGAUGAAGACGCAUACUUACAUUAUCCUGAACCUGAAUCAGAAAAAACUGCGGAAACAUUUACAAUUCAGCCUACAAUUCAGUGGACAAGUGCUGGGAAUGAAACGGAGACGGAGAAUGAUAAUCAAUAUGAUAUUCCAGUAAUUGUUACAGGGUGUAUUCUGGUAAUUCCUGUGAUUGGAGCUAUUGCAUGGCUAGUGUACGCAAAAAUUAUAAAGAAGAAGCAACCAGUUAAUGAUGUUGAAAACCCACUAGAAACAGCACAGCCAGAGAAAGAUUCUCCAAUACUUGAAAGCUCUGAUAGUUUUUUCAGGUGUCUGUAUAAAAAGAUUAAGGAGAAGAUAACAAAGAAGAAACCAGUUACUGACGUGGAGAACCCGCCAGAAAUAGCUCCAUCCAAGCAACAAUUUAUAGAAGCUAAAAGGCCGGUGUUUGAAAAACCUAAGGAAAAGAAAAAGAAGAAAACAGUCACAGUCGCUGGCAGAGAGAAGCCGCUAAUGACCAUUCGGCCUCAGCAAAUAUCAGCCACAGAUGAAAGCCCUGUUAGGUCUGUGGUUAAAAAAAUAAAGCGGAAAAAGAAAAAAACAAUUAAUAAAGCAGAGAGCCUACCAGCAGCAGCAGCUGAAAGCCCUGAUAGGGGAAAGCUUAGUGAAAUUACAGAGAACAGUGAAGUGCCUAUAGACAUAAGCCUUCCAGAACCUGAAAGUGACACAUUCGAUGUUUUCAGCUAUAUGGAGUCUAUAUUGUCAUCACAUAAAACGCCUAAGAAUCAGAAACGUAAAAAGGUACAACGUUAUGCAAUGUUUGAAGAAAUUAUGAAUAAUGAAGAAAAUGCAGAAGGAUUGACGCAACAGUUGAUUGCGCUUCAAAACAAAUCACCAACUCUCAAAGUUUUGGUGCGGUAUGAACCGAUAGAUGAUAGUAAGGAGGAAGAUGCUACAUCACUGAAGUCAGAGAUGGAAACUUCUACUAUCCAACUGCAGACUUCAGAACCCAGGGAACCAGAGAGUUUGGUGCAGUAUGAACCGAUAGAAGAUAGUAAGGAGGAAGAUGCUAAAUCACUGCAGUCUGAGAUGGAAACUACUACUAUCCAACUGCAGACUUCAGAACAGAGGAAACCAGAGAGUGAAGUACAAAUUCUACGGAUUGAACCACCUAAUGAGGAUGGUGAACUUCCUUUGCAAAUAGUGCAGGAAAGCAUUCCCGUCCCACAACAGCCUUCAGAACACAGUGAAGAUGUUGUCAAGAAAAGUGAAUCUACGGUGAAAGAGGACCUAUUUUUCUUUUUCUUAUUGUCGUGUGCUAAUAUGCUUCAGACAAAUUCCUCAGAACUAGCAGCAUAUGUUAAGCAACCUUCAGAACCUGAAUGAGAGGAGCAACCUGUGAAUCCUGAACCAAAGACACCUGCGUUGAUGAGCAUGGAAAAUCUUCUUCAAAAGUAGAACAGAGAUAACCUCAGUGAACUGAACUGAGAUGAAUAAAUAACUUUAUUUAUUAUAAUAAAUAAUUAUCUUAAUAAAUUAUUAUUGGUGGUUUCCUUUUAAAUGAACAAAUAGCAUACAGAGUUUGAAUACAGAUAUAUCUUUAUUAUUCUUUUUAGUUUGUUGACAUUUAAAAAGCCAAACAAGGUAAUUGAGGAAUGAAGUGCUAGUGUGCAUGCCUUUGAAUACAUCUUAUAUAAGAUAUCUGCUCAAAAUAAAUAUAGUAGUAAUUCACUAAAUAUUUCUGUUGGCAAUAUACAUCACAUUUCUAAAUGAGCUAGAUAUGAAUAAAGCAGCUUCAAUACAAAAUCAUUUUUAAAAAUAUUCAGUGGGGUCUA